AUGGGCCCCUUCACCGAGCAAGAAUUGGACAUGAUCCUCUUCAACGAGCAAGAACUGGCAUCAUUAGAAUGCCUCGCUGGUGGCGAUACUGACGUAUAUGACGAUGUCGUCCAAUAUCCUACCUUCUUUGGCCACUAUGUCGAGUUCUAUCCCGACAAGUUUGCACCCAGCAUGAUCGAGACCGCAAAACAUCUUUGGAACAGUUCUUCGCCGGCUCUCAAGUACCUGGUCGGAAAAAGAAAAAGUUCCACGCUAAGCAUCUCGGAGCGAAGAUAUCUGGUUGCGAAUGAAUAUUUCCUUGACUCUACGGUACCAUCGAUGUGGAAGGAGCUGCCUCUCCGUUAUCGGAUCCUGUUAGCGUGGAUGGUGGAGAAGGCAGCAUCAGAGCCGGGAGUAGACCUGUCAACCUGGGUCCUGCAGAUGUCUGGAGUCAUUCGCGCCCAACAAGCACAGAUGAUUGCAACAUGGAACUGCUCCAAAGAUUUCCAUACAUUGAGUUCAGUUCCCCAUCACAAGCAUCUAGAGAAUCAGCGGACGCUGAGGAAGCAAGAUCGUGCGGGUUGGUAUAACAUGCAGCUGCUGAGCGCCAACCAGGAUAGGUGUGCUGCGCAGAACGCGAUUGAGUUCGAGAUUCAAGCAUUGAGGGAGAACGACAAGUUUGUGCAAGCGAUGAAGGACAAAGAAAAGCUUACGCAAGCGAUGAAGGCUCAGCUAAGCUCAGGACAUGUAUUCCAACCAGAAAAUGGGGCUCAAUGGGUCGCGCCGACUCUUCUGCCGACCUUGUCCUCGGACAGCUUUCAAGUAUCAGUCGAAAGUGGGUCAAUUGGUGCGGAGCGACAACUGCUUGGAGGCGACCUGCUGUCUGCGAUUGAUGCAGCAGGUAAGUCUUCCCCUCAUUUUCCAACUGGCCAACAGCCUAGCAACACAUCCGCGGGUCGUUGCAUCCGGAGUCAGGCUCUGAGCGGAUUCAAAUUGGACCAGUCUGAAGAGAAAAAGUACAUGUCCAACCCUGUCGCCUUAUUGGCUCGAAAACUGGGGACGAGUGAGAAGUAUCUCCUCAGCAUGAAAUCCUACUUUGAAAGAAAGAGGCAGGCACCGACGAGAGCAUGA